GAGACUUAUUUCCAAAAACAAAUUCUAAACUUUUAUUUGUUAUUGCAUCUGAAUGCAUAUUAUUACUUAAAUAUGCAUUUAUUCAAUUUAUUACUUAUAUAUAUAUAUAUAUAUAUAUAACAAAAUAGAGAGAGAGAGAUACACUUUGCUUUCACUCUUUCUUACAAACCUCCCUGUUCCAGUUUGUACUAUUCUGGAUGAAGUUUCAUUUAGUACUUCUCGUGUUAUUGCCUCCUUAAAAUGAAUCUCUUGUUGUAUUCCUCAUUUGUAAGUCACUUUGGUUAAAUGUGUGUGCUAAAUGAAUAAAUGUAAAUGUAUUGCCUAGACAUCACAGAUGGAAGGCAUAUGCAUAUGUUUAUAUGAAUGACUGCGCUCUGUUCCAUCCACCAGAAAUUGAUGGCACAAAAAUGAAAUUGUCUAAAGCCGUCAUUCUCCUUUUUCUGGCAUUGAUUUUUAAGGUUGCUUUGGCAGAGAUUACAGUAAAUUACACAAAGGUGUACUUGGUUGAGCUGGAAUUUGAGAAAUCGGUCUAUCUCGACAUAACUGAUCUUCUGAGAAAUCAAACAGAAAUAAAAGUGAAUGUAUCAACUGUAACCGAAAUCAACACGACAACAGAUUGCACAUUUAAUGAGACGCAGAAGAAUUGUUCAUGCAGAUCAGGUUACACGUGGAGUGAGGACAUAUGCAAAAAUCAUGCCUGCUGCAAAGACAGGCCCUGCUCUCUUAAACCUGAAGAAACUGCUGUGUGCCUGUCUGACAAAAGAGUAAGCAUUAAUGGAUCUACUAAAUUCACAAAUGAUUCUUACAACAUAUUAUAUGAGGAAAAAAACAAAGAUACUGAAGAAUACAAGACCAAGAGCCAAGAAAUAACUACUUUGCUUGUGAAAGAAUUCAGCCAAUUGAAAUAUUUUGAUUCUCUGAUUAUCAACAGUUACAGCAUUGGCAGUGUAAUUGUAAAUUAUACAGUGCAGUUACUUGGUACAGUCACAUCUGAAGAGCUUGAGAAAGUAAUCAAAACACUGACAGAUUCUGAACUGAUAACAACAGGCAUCAUCAAUAUUACCGUACCUGAUAAUCAACCGAUUGAUAUAGGCUUGACGGCAACUAUAAGUUGUAGACCAACCGAGCCCCUGGGAAAGGUAAAGUGGCUCUUAACUGAUCAAGACAAUAAAACAACACCGAUCACAACAGGAAUAGAGGCCAACUUGACACAAGAUAAUCUAACAGACAUCGUUACAUUAAGUAACAUUUCAGGAAGCUGGAAAGGUAUGUUUCUGCACAUAUAAUUAAA